ACCCAUAAGCAAAUACUAUUCUCUCCUCCACCCACACAGGUCCAGAUGGGCAUGCAAAACUGGACUUGGGAAAUUGAGACCCUGUCUUGUUUGCAUCCCUCAUGCUAUGCUACGGUUCUCUGGGGAGGCUUCUCUACAGGGACACCUGGAUUUAUUUAAAGCUCUACACUAUCCAAGAGGUAAAACCACCAGUCUUCCACUCCACUUUUAUGAUAAGCUGUUGUGUCCAGGAGAUAUUCUAAAGCAGCAACAUCCCUCUAAGUUUCCUGCCAUAAUUUUUUAUGUACCCACUUUGGGAUAGAUUUAGGGCAAGAGCUGGAUGCUUGUUUGAAGGAAAGAUCCCGGCUUAGAAUGUGCACUUAUCCUUCUCCACGGAGUGGUCUCUGAAUCUUAAGUAGAUUAGCCAACUAGAGAAGAGACAUAAUGUUGACUCUGACUCCUGCCUUAACUGUGUCCUAUGAAGGCAAGCAUGUAUUUCUGUUCAUUUCAGUCUUGGAGUUUGUAGUGGGGCUGCUGGCCAACGUCUUCAUUUUCUUGGUGAUUUUUUGGGAUGUGGUGAGGAGGCAGCCCCUGAGCAACUGUGAUCGUGUGCUGCUGUGCCUCAGUCUCACUCGGCUUUUCCUGCAUGGGCUGCUAUUUCUGUGUGCCAUCCAGCUUGCCUACUUCCAGAAUUUGAAAGAGCCACUGAACCACAGCUACCAAACUCUCAUCAUGCUCUGGAUGAUCGCAAACCAAGCCAGCCUCUGGCUUGCCACCUGCCUCAGUCUCCUCUACUGCUCUAAGAUUGUCCGUUUCUCUCAAACCUUUCUGCUGUGCUUGGCAAGCUGGGUCUCCAGGAAGACCUACCAGAUGUUCCUGAUUGUUAUUCUCUCCGUCUGCUUCUGCACAGUCCUCUGCGUUUGGGACUUCUUUAGAAAAUCUCACUUCACAGUCACAGCUAUGCUAUUCAUGAAUAACAAUACAGAACUCAACUGGCAAAAUACAAACAUCAAUUUCUUUUAUACCUUUCUCUUCUGCUAUCUGGGGUCUAUACCCGCUUUUCUGAUUUUUCUAGUUUCUUCUGGGGUUCUGAUUGUCUCCCUGGGAAGGCACAUGAGGACAAUGAAGGCCCAUCCCAGAAACUCUUAUGACUCCAGCCUAGAUGCACACAUUAAAGCCCUCAAAUCUCUUUUAUCCUUUCUCUGCUUCUUUGUCGUGUCAUUCUGUGCUUCCAUCCUCUCAGUGCCCCUACUGAUGCUGUGGCAUAACAAGAUAGGGGUAAUGGUUUGCGUUGGGAUAUUGGCGGCAUGUUCCUCUGGACAUGCAGUCAUCCUGAUCUCAGGCAAUGCCAAACUGAGGAGAGCUGUGGAGACCAUUCUACUCUGGGCUCAGAGCAUCCUCAAGGUAAGGGCCGACCGCAGGGCAGAUCCCAGGAUACUUUGCUGAGAACAGACAUGAAAUGGGCUCUCCAUGAAGACGCCUCUGAAUCCUCAGGAAAACAACUCUGAUUCUUCAUGAAGCCUCCCAAUCUAUUCCAUAAAACACAACUGAAAAUCUCUCUGCUUUCCAUCAGUGUUCUCUUCCAUUGAAGAACAAAAUGAUUAAAGCUCUCUAUACAUGAC